AUGGCCAGAGCCCAGAGCACAGGUCUCAGGACAGCGGCUUUGACCGCCCUGGCCCAACCCCGUGCAUCGGCCCAAACACGGGAGCCUUGUCAUCACAGAUCAAUCAUGAGCCCAUGGAAUGCGAGUGGCUUAAUGUUCAUUCAUUCAUUCGCCAGAAGCUCCCGGGCUCUUACAGGGAGCCACCCCGCAGCUCUGACCCCAGCAAGUGGCUGGGCUCAUGACAAAGUGGGGACAGAGCAGCCGCCCCUAGGGACAGGAGAAGGGGCUAAUGGGGAAGGAGGGAAGAGUUGGCGCUCCCCGCCACACCCAGGGCAGCAUCACCAGUUCGUGAAGGGUGAGUUGGGGUCGCAUGCCCUGGGGAAAUGGUACCUGUCAGGCUUCCCCAAGCAGAAGGUGGAGCUCAAGAAGGUCGCCAUCCAGGAGAUUAAGCAGCAGCUGAAGGAGCAACAGAAGCAGCUGUGAGAGGAGCGCCACCAGGAAUACUUGAAGAUGUUGGCAGAGAGAGAGGAGGCACGGGAGGAGGCUGAUGAGCUGGACCAGCUGGUGACGGCAAAGACAGAGUCAGUGCAGUAUGACCACCCCUACCACACAGUCACCGUGGCCACCAUCAGUGACCUGGAUAUCUCCGGGAUCAGGCUGCUCAGGAUGUCACUGCCCAAGCAAGGGCCAGGGGAUGAAUCCAAGGAGGAGGCACCACCCAUGGAGAAGUCAACCAGAGCCUUACCCAGGAAGUCCAAAGACUCCCUGCUGUCUCAGCAGAUUUCCUCCCUCACAGUGACACUGCAUACAUACAGCCGCAAGAAGGUCAAGUGGAAACAUCCCCAAGGUACCCAGGACUCCAAGAAGCCCCCAAGUGCCAGGCACACCAGCAAUGGCCUGGGAAAAGCAGUGGAGGAUGACCCAAAUGCUUCUGCCCCUGUACUCACGUCAGGGAUUUGGAAGAGAAGUCCCCUCCCCACAGCCCUGGCAGGCAAAAAACACAGCUUCCAGAAACAUCGUAGGCACCAAGUGAUCAUUUUGGAUACUUUAUUGCUGGGCCUGGAGUUGACAAGCAGGGAUACAGAACUACUUGUGGUUCCUAACACAGACACCAAAACAAGGAAGUGA